GGUAAUCACAAGCGUGGAAUUUGCUCUACUCGGCGGCGUAUUUUAAAGGAAAAUUGAUCGAUCUUUCUGAAAAUGUCUUCGUCCAGGUAUUAAUAAUUUUAUGUCUAAGUUAUAAUUAUACUUUAAUAGUUCCGUCUUCACCUUGUUGUUCCGGAAUUCCGCAAUAGUUGUUGGUGAGGUGUAUUCUUUAUUUUGAACGGGGGGCUGUAUUAGCUUUCCGGCAAUCGAGAAAUUUCGUCAUAUUUUUUUUAAAGGCUUUGUUUAGGGUUGUUUUUCACUGAACAAAACAGAAUUAAUAAUAUCGAUCACUCUCAAGCAGCUGCAAUCUUCAUUCUUUCAGAAUUUGACUUGUUCCCAAAAUUGCUUUCUUUUAAUUCUUAGCUUAAUUGUCAGCCUUAAUAUUAAUUAAAACUUGCUUUACACGAGCCGCCACUUGCUUGUGUAUUUAUCGAUGUAAUCCACAAAAAAGAUAAAAGACCGUGACUUCCGAAAUAUUUGUUAACGUGAAUCAUGCAAAGAAUACAAACAACUGCCGGCAGGAAAUAAUCUAUUGAACAUUUCCGGUUACACAGGGUGCAUGCUAGUGCCUCAUAAGCUCUUUAUCACGCUAUAUAUAUACAGAUAUCUUUGCUUGGCGCGCGGUAGAAGUUAAUAUCCAGAGAAGAAUUCGCAUAUUCGCGUCACUAUUAACUGUUCAUGGCUUGUGUUUUUCCAAGGUUGGACCCAACGCUGGCGUACCCCGUGCCUUUGCGACCGAGUGUUUUCCAACACGCUCGCUUUAUCGACAAGAUGCAGCCUGGUGUAGCGAGGAUAAAACAAGAGAAGCAUGAAGUUUACCACGAUGAACCGUUAAGCGAAGGUAUGUAGACUCGGGAGUAUGGCAUUACUGGGAUUUUUUGUACUUUAAAAAAGUAAACGUUUCAUGAAGAAUUUAAUUCCUUGGUCACUUCAACUAAGUUAACUGAAUGAUUUUUGUUUGUUUGAAUGGCAUAAAACCGAUAAAUUUUGCUGAUUUUCCCUCGCAAUGACGAUGAUGAUGACGAUAUGUGAGGAAUAUGUAAAAUAAUCCGUCUGGCAUCUUUCGAAACAGUUUUCAUGCCUCACAGCAGUAGCAGUGAGUGUUACAGCAAGAGUGGUAGUUAAUACUGCUUGUGUUUGACUUUGUUAAUAACUCCCUCAACACUAACCCUAUGCUUAUAUGUUCGCUGUUUGACCUAUGCUAGCUUAUUAAAGCAUUGUUUAUCCUCCCGGCUUUGAAGUACGUGAUCUGGUUUUUUUCCUUUGCACUUUUGUUUCUGCUUCUCAGUAACCAGCGCAAUUGGUGAUCAGUUCUCGUCUCGUUAGAGUGGAUUUCAACUGUCGCGUACAUCUUUUAGGCGCGUAAAUAAUAUAGAGGCAAUGUAUGCGAGGUGACGCGUAAAAAUCUAAAAGUUGAGUGAGUAGUUGCAACGUUUUUUACUUUUACGUGCGACCUUCCACACACUGCCUCUAUUUUUAGUGAGGACUACGCAUAUAAAAAUGUGUAUACUAAAUUGAAGUGAAAAUCAUUUCAUCAAAAAUUUCAACUUUCACUGACUUGCGCACCCCUGAAAAAUAGAUAGUACUGUUGGACAGGCUACCUUAGAGGUUUUAUUCCGAUGAUAAUUACACUGAUACCAUAGAAUUUUAGUGAUCUACGGACUGAAAGAGUUAGCUGACAAACUACAGUAUGUCACGUUUCUCAGUUUAACUCUGUCGUACAUCAUAAAAAAUAUUAAAAGUAACCGGAUGCAGUGGCUGCUAAAUCAAAUUUCAAAGGGGACAACUCUGCUAUGGACUAUAAUGUGUUGAUCCAGUGCGUUUCUUUCUUUCUUUCUAUCUAUCUUUCUUUUUAUUUUUUUCCAACAAUGGUCUUUUCCAACAUAGCAAUGAAAUUAGUACUGAAACCAAUGUUUAAUAAAUAUUAUUAUUAUAACAUAACAGUAAAUUGUGACAUCCCUACGCUGCCAGAAACGGCCGAAUCGGAAAUUGAAUUUAAAGAAGUCUGCAAAUUAAAUUUUGUGAAAUAUGAAGAUACAAAUUAAGCUGAACAGUGUAUAGCGAGCGAGGAAGCUCUCUAGAGGGCUCCUGGGUUGGGGGGGGGGGGGUUGGGGGAAGAAGACCCUAGAGAGCUCACUCAAAGACUAAGAAGCGCACCCCCAAAGGGUGAUUUAAAUUUUUACCGCCCGUUAAGAGAUUUUUCCCAUGGAGACUGAGGUUUUCUGCGCAGGACGUUGAAAGGACAUUCGCUGACACUAACAGUCCUAUUCCGGUCUACACAUAUCCAGCCUACUUAUAAACAUGUCUCCUGAGUCAGCCUGCACAAAUACAGGCGUGGGGGGGGGGGGGGGGGGGGGGGGGGGGGGGGGGGGGGGGGGGGGGGGGGGGGUUGGGAGAAGAACACCUUAGAGAGCUCACUCAAAGACUAAGAAGCGCACUCCCAAAGAGUGAUUUAAAUUGUUACACGUUAAGAGAUUUUUCACAUGGAGACUGAGGUUUUCUGCGCAUAACGUUGAAAGGACAUUCGCUGACACUAACAGUCCUAUUCCGGUCUACACAUAUCCAGCCUACUAAUAAACAUGUCUCCUAAGUCAGCCUGCAAAUACAGCCGUCUCUCACCCCGCUCCUCCCCGCUAGGUCUGCUAAGGGCGACGUUUCGAAGGAGGCGAGGAGAGACAUCUGCAUUUGCAGGCCACUCCCGCGCUCGUAAACCAUCAGUUACUGCGAAGGAGCUUGCAAGCCGUAGAUUAGGAAACACUUAAUUAACGUGCAUUAAGACAGUGCUUCUCUUUUCCGCAGCAGAUCCCAGGCGAUGGAGCCGUGAGGACGUCUGCCGCUGGCUGCAGUGGAUGUCUGAAGCUUUCAACCUCGGUAGUGUUAGACCUGACAGAUUUCAAAUGAACGGUAAAGCCCUCUGCUUGAUGACCAUGGACAUGUUCCUGUACAGAGUGCCAGAAGGUGGGAACAUUCUCUAUCAGGAUUUCCAGAGAAGACUAAGGAACGCUGUUGCUUUACAGAAUUAAGCACGUCGAGUUCUUGACCGCUUUUUACCAUGGAAAGAUAUGAGUGAAUAAUGGAUUUGGAUGGGAAUUUUAGAAACUGAGAUAACCUGAAGAUAGAGAGGAGGGAUAAAAGCUCACGAUGAAAAGUGGAAACAAAAGUCAGAAGAUUCAGUGGAGAAUGCGUUAAAAAGUCGUCAGUGUGGGCAGACUGUACAAGAAAACUGCCCUUCCGAGCACACGUUGAAGCUCUAUGCCUUAUCCGGACUGGGAGGUUGUUGGAACUCUAAGUGCUAGUUUUUUGACGAAAGGAAGAGAGAUAACAAAAAUUAUAUUUAAAUACAUAUCUUAAUUUCCAAGAAGUUUAGAGUGAAAGAUGUCUUUAGUAGAAAUUUCUAGAUGUAGUGCAAUAUUGUCGGAUAGUAAAAGAGAUUAUUCAACACAAAGAUUGUAUUUAGAACAUUCCGUGAUUCUUUUUUCUUUAAUAUUUAAUUAUAAUAGAGACAUAACAGAAACAGAAAAUGAUGUAUAAAUACAAUGUGCCAAGUAAUGCCGAAAAAUCGUAACAUGCGCCCAAACGUGUUUGUGAAUAUGUGAAUAUUGUGAAAAAAUAGUCAUUCGCUAAUGGAUAUAUAUGGAGAAAUAAACGCAUUAGAAACAUCGAUGUUGCUUCUAGUCUAUUUCGUGAGUUGUUAAGCGCAAUAUAAACAAGUGUUUCCGGAAAUAUUCUUGACGAGCUGAUAUUUUUGGCUUUGCGAGCGUCAUGAAUGCGAGUGAAAAUACCGCCACAGUUAAUUCUCCGACUUUCACGCCUUUUUUUAAAAAAGCCGCCUAUGUCUUCUGCACGCUAUCAAAGCGCCCAAUCACAGCCAAAAGUGCGACAACCGACUCGAAAAUAAACGACGGAUCAUUCUGGAAAACUGUGCCUACAUUUGUUGCGUCUACUUUUUUUGCACGUGCAAUUUUUCUGCUGUUCUCAGCAAUGACAACAAAAUGUAACAGAAAGGUUUCGUAGAGAGGGUUUUGGCGCGAUGGUUGUGCCUUUACAAAUGGUCGAAAAACUUCGCAAAGUGUUCACGUUCCCUUAAAUUCAUUGGUACAAAAAACUGAAACUGAACUGAACAAGUUCAAAAUAAGUUAAAAAGAGAGAAAUAUGUCUUCAAGAGUAUAAAGUUCAAAUUGGCCUGGAGUCGGUAGUUAUAAAUUAAAUAAGCUUAUCGAAACGUACUUCAUCCUCUUUGCUAAGAAAGUAACAUUAAAGCAAUUGAUACAUCCUUUGUGGUCUGCAUUAACGGGCUAGUCGGUGUCUCAUCCGGCAGAUUCAGUUCAGAUCCAGGACAUUGCUGCUUGGAAUAUAUGGGGGCUCAUGGAAACGUACGAAGUCCCUGAGGUGCUCGUUCGGUCGAAAAAUGUCGAUCGAUGUCGAGACAGGUUUACUUUUAAUGUGCUGUUUUGUUCAUAACCUAGCCGCCUGCAUCAUACGGCAUUUACGGAAGAAAGGUUUA